AAAAAAAAAGAUCCAUCUUCAAUCAUCGCUAUCAAAAAAAAAUGUUACUUUUGAAUUAUAACAAUCAUCGUUCCAAGAGGUAUCAUUAGGCCAUUAAAUGUCUAUUGAUUGGAUAACAAUAUGACUAAUCAUACUUCAACACCAUCCCCUGCUCCAUCUUCAUUAUCCGUUAAAAUCCCUAAACCACGAAGAUUUAGUAGAAUUGCUCCUGAUAAUGAUUCCACCAGUUCAUUCUUUAAUUCAUCAGAUCAAUUAACUGAUUCUCCCUUUUCUGAAAGUCAUCCCUUACAAGCUACUACAUCUACAUCAGCCUUAUUGUUUGGCAAUGAGAAUGGAAUAAGUAAUUUACAUAUCGAAACUACUAAUUCCCAUUCUAAUGUUCAUUCUCAAUUACAAACACCUCUUCAUGGUGCAUCGUAUAUUCCUCCUUGGACUGAACCUUAUAUCAUUGGUAUUGCCGGGAAUUCUGGAUCCGGUAAAACAUCAAUUGCCCAAAAGAUUGUUCAAGAAUUAAAUCAACCAUGGACUGUGUUGUUAUCGUUUGAUAAUUUUUAUAAUCCUUUAACUGAAGAUGAAAGGAAAUUAGCCUUUUCUAAUAAUUUUGAUUUUGAUACCCCUGAAUCCCUUGAUUUAAAUCUUGUGGUUGAAACUGUAUUAUCUUUAAAGAAAGGUCAUAAGACAACUAUCCCGGUUUAUUCAUUUGAACAUCAUAAUAGAACUGAUAAAACCAUUACCAUUUAUGGUGCUAAUGUGAUCAUCAUAGAAGGGAUAUAUACCUUAUACGAUCCUCGACUAUUAGAUAUUAUGGAUCUUAAAAUUUAUGUUGAUACUGAUUUGGAUAUUUGUUUAGCUAGAAGAUUAACGAGAGAUAUCUUAUAUAGAGGUCGUGAUUUAAGUGGAUGUCUUCAACAAUGGGAAAAGUUUGUUAAACCAAACGCGGUGAAAUAUGUUAAUCCAACUAUGAAUAAUGCUGAUUUAAUUAUCCCCAGAGGAUUGGAUAAUGUGAUUGCCAUUAAUUUAAUGAUCAAACAUAUUGAAAAACAAUUAAUUUUAAAAUCAAGUCAACAUUUGAAAUAUUUACAAACUUUAGAUAUAAAAAUCAGAGAUCUUAAUGAAUAUAAUGUGAAGAUUUUACCUAUUAAUAAUCAAACUAAAGGGAUAAAUUCAAUCUUAUUUAAUGAAGAUACAGAACGGUCAGAUUUUAUCUUUUAUUUUGAUAGAAUAAGUACAAUAAUAAUUGAAGAAGGGUUACAUUUCAUCAAUGAUUUUGAACCGAUUACAGUAACUGCUGCUAAAUCUUAUCAAUAUCAAGGGUUAAAAUUAGUUGAUGAUAUAGUUGCCAUCAGUAUAAUUCGAUCAGGUGAUUGUUUUAUGAAUUCAAUUAAAAAGACAUUCCCUGAAAUCAGUAUUGGUAAACUUUUAAUUCAGAGUGAUUCUAAGACUGGUGAACCUCAAUUACAUUAUGAUUCUAUUCCACAAGAUAUACAACAGAAUAAAAUCAUGUUAUUUGAUUCUCAAAUUAUAAGUGGUGCCGCAUCGAUUAUGGCCAUUCAAGUGUUAUUAGAUCAUGAUUGUAAACCUAAAGAUAUCAUCUUAUGUUGUUAUUUAUCUACUGAAUUAGGAUUACGAAGAAUCUUAAAUGUAUUUCCAGAAGUUAAUAUUGUAAUUGGGAAAUUAUCAAAUAUAAAUGAUAAUGCAGAUGGAAGUAAAUGGUAUAAUCCUGAGAAUUGUAAAGAUACAGAUUGGCAAUUCAGAAAUCGUUUUAUAGACAGUUUAUACUUUGGAACUGAUUAGAUUUAAUUUUAGAACUAUAUAACAUUCAUUCUAGUAUAAACUUUAUAUUUUAAUUGCAAAAUGUAAAUAAUUUGCGCAACCAACUGAAACCGAUCUGAAAAAAAAUAAAGA